AUGGAAUCAAGGCGAUGGAUGCUGGCUCUCUGUUUCUUCUCAGCUUCAGAUACUUGCAAGACAUACGGCAGCGGAGUCAUCCAGGCUUUCACAGGUUCUGCUUUCUAUGUGCGCUCCAACUGCCCGUUCACCUUUACCCGCUUCACCCACAAUCGGGUUGAGUGUGACAUCACCAUACGGUGAGGGCAAAAUGGUUUGCUGACCCUUAUUGAGAUUAUCAUCAACAAGGUCAAGACCGUGGUGCAGAAUGGAACCGUACUGGUAGAGAAGAAAAGGGUUUCCCUUCCAUAUGACCACACUUACCAGCACAUAUAUCCGUACGGCAUCUACACCAGACUGAGGAGCUCACUACUCCCUCUAUCAGUCACCUGGCACACAGUAGCUGGAGGACUUGGCAGUUUUUGGGUUGAACUAGACCAAGAGCUGAGCUCUGACUUGAGUGGACUCUGUGCAAUACAAAACUCAGGUCACAUUCAGGAGCAGAUGUCAAACUCUUUGAUUUCUGACCCCACCUGUGUCAUUCUGGACGUUGUCCCUCAUCCUCAUCCGCUGUGCAGAGACUUCUUCUCACACACGCUUGAAUGUCGGACUUUCCAAACAUCGAAAUAUAUCACCCUUUGUGACGAGAACAUUUACACCUUCGAAGGUAGCAGCGACAUUCAAUGUGCUUUCUUCAAAGAGAUUGCACUACUGUGUGGAAAAAGAACCCAUAUUUGGGCCACCUGGAGAACCUUAACCAACUGUGCUCCACCAACUUGUCCUGGAGACCUGGUUUACAUUGAUGAGGGUUCUCCCUUUGUGCCCAGCUGCUCAAACCCAGACUCCAGAUUCACCUCCCUGGAGACCACCAGCUCCUGUGUCUGUCCUGCAGAUGAGGUGCUAAAUGAUCACAUUGAUGAAUACAAGUGUCUUGGUGUCCACAACUGCCCCUGUGUGUUCGCUGAUCAGAUCUACUCCCCUGGAGACAUUCGCACCACAAGAUGUCAAAUACGUCAGUGUGAUAGUGGGAGGUGGCGUUGCUCUGAAAACUCCUGCCCAUCCAGAUGUCUCAUUGAAGGACAGUUUGUGACAACAUAUGACGGCAAACAGUAUGCGGUUCCUGGUAAAUGCACAUAUAUGGCAUCGCAGGACUUUAACUGGUAUAUUGAGAUUGAGUUUUCUAAAACUGAACCAUCAUUGAAGGCAGUACGUGUACAGAUUAUACAGGAAAUGUUUACAUUCACAGUAGGAAAGGUGACAGUUGGAGACCAAGAGAUUACUGAGCUCUACCAAUCCGAUCUAGCACUGGUUUUCUGGCAGUCAUCAAUGUAUGUUGAAGUUUAUACAACCGUUGAAGUCCAGGUGUUCCCUGACCUCCAGUUGUCAAUCACACCUACAGAGACUACUGGACAGAUCUCAGGAACAAUGACACCACAGAUGACUUCACUACGAGCAGCGGGAUCAUCGAGAGCUCUGCCAAGCUAUUUGCUCUAUCCUGGAGUUUAG